AUGUUGAUGAAGAAGAUAGACUUUGUAGAGCUUUAUGGGCUGAUCCAAUCUGUCGAAAAAAUUAUGCACUUUUUGGUGAUAUGGUUUCUUUUGAUACCACAUUCAAAACAAACAGAUAUAAUAUGAUCUUUGGUCCAUUUACUGGAGUUGAUCAUCAUAAAAAAUGUGUUACUUUUGCGGCUUCUUUUGUAGCUCAUGAGGAUAUAUCAUCUUUUGAAUGGGUUUUCAAAACUUUUCUUAAAGCAAUGGGAAAUAACGAGCCUGUGUGUUUGAUUACCGAUCAAGACCCUGCAAUGAAAGUUGCUGUUCGUAAUGUUUUUCAAACUACAGAACAUAGGUUUUGUAUGUGGCAUAUUAUGAAAAAGGUGCCUGAAAAAGUAGGUCGGGCGAUUGCCCAAGACACUGAUUUCUUGAAAAAACUGUGUUCAUGUGUUUGGCAUUUAGAGAUUGAGCCGGCAGAAUUUGAAGAAAAGUGGAACAAAGUUAUUUCAGAAUUCCAUUUGAACGAUCAUGAAUGGUUGGCAUACAUGUACAACAUACGUGAUAUGUGGAUUCCAGCGUAUUUCAGAGAUUUAUUUUUGGGUGGCAUUAUGAGAACCACAUCUAGAUCAGAAAGUGAAAAUAAUUUUUUCACUAUGUUCACAAAUCCCCAUCUCACUUUGAUUGAGUUCUACAUGAGGUUUGAAUGUGCAUUGGAUGCUCAAAGGCACACUCAAAAUAAAAUGGAUAAUGAUUCGAAGAAUAAGCGUCCGGAGUGUAAGACUCCAAUUCCUUUAGAGAAAGAUGCUUCUGAAUUGUUUACAACAACAAUUUUCUAUGAAUUUCAAUAUGAGCUUGAAAUUGGAUGUUUUAAUUGUGGUGUUGAGGAGAUGAGGAAGGACAAUGAGCUUUACAUUUUCAAUUUGAGGGAAGGCACUAGAAGGAGGACUUUUGAUGUUGUUUUUGAUCCAACUACCUUUGAUACCAAGUGUUUUUGUAAAAAAUUUGAACGUGAUGGUGUGCCUUGUAGGCAUAUGAUUUGGGUGUGGAAGGCAAGGAUGUUAGAAAAAAUUCCCAAGGCCUACAUUCUAAAUAGAUGGUGUACAAUGGCUUAUAAGAAGCCCAUUUUUGAUUUAGAGGGUAAUGUGUUGGAGGAAUGUAUUAAUGCAGUAGAUAAGAAAAUGUUAUUAAAUGAUUUGUGGUCUGAAAUUCAUGCUUGUGUGAGUUUAGUGCAAAACAAUGAAGAUGAUCUUAGUGAUCUUGUCAAAAAACUUCGAGCCAUGAGGGUAGAUUUGGAACAGAAGAAAACAAAUGGAAGCAACAAUCUUUCGAACAAAGUUAAAGACAUUGAAAUGCUUAUUGGAGCUAGUCUACCUUCUAAUGUUUUAAUCAAACCUCCUAAAAUUUCGAAGAACAAAGGCACGGGGGUUCAUGUUCCAAAUCAGGUCAAUGUUCCAAAUGAUGUCCAUGUUCCAAAUCAGGUUCAUGUUCCAAAUCAGGUAAAUGUUCCAAAUGAUGUCCAUGUUCCAAAUGAUGUCCAUGUUCCAAAUGAGGUUCAUGUUCCAAAUAGUGACAAAAGAAUGAAGAGUGACAGAGAAAAGUCUAUUGAACAAAGUCAAAAGAAGAAGAGAUUAUGUAGAGCAUGUGGGGAGCUUGGUUAUCAUGAUAGUCGUAAUUGCCCUGGAAAAGUCAAGUGAUAUUGUAAGUAAACUUUAUUUUUAAUUUUCUUAUAUUUAUUUUGUUCUAAAGUAAUUAUGUUUUAAGCAAGUUUAGAACAUAAAGUU